AUUUUCGGCCGGGACAGUAGCAUGGCCAGCAGUGAAAGUGAGAAUUAACUCCGUAAACUGGAUAAUUCUGAUUGUAGGAACUGAUGAGUAAACAAAAACACAUAUGAAGAGUAUAUUGGACCAGGACAUUAUCUUGACGGUUUUCGUACGGAUAUUGGUCUUCAAUAGCUGUAGCCUAGAGGCAGCAGGAUGAAUGUGGAGACACUCAGUAAAACUGAACUUCUGAUGCUGCUUAGCAUUCUGGAAGGAGAACUUGAAGCACGGGAUGUAGUCAUACACACACUCAGGGCACAACAGAGAGAUGCAUUUGUACAGGAGCGAUAUGGAAAAUAUGACCUCCGUGACCCGUUCGUAGCGCUGUUGAGGGACAGCGAGAUUUCACAGACUCAGGAUGAUGGAGGGCAGGGCCCCGUGUGUCUCAACCCACUGGGCGUGUUGAGGCUGGUGAUGGCCCACUGCACUAACAUGAAGGAGAAAAUUAUUAAACAGCUCGCUGCUGCAGAGAGGAGACACCGACAGGUCAUAGCUGAUUUAGAGGAAGAGAAAAGACGGCGUGUUCAAGAUGCUGCUGUGGGUGACGACAUCACAGCCAUGCUGGAGAAGGAACGAGAUAGACUACUGCAACAGCUGGAGUUGGAAAGGGCUCAGUUUGAACGUUUGGAGCGUGAGCAGUCAGUACUUUCGAAUCAGGCUGAGGAAGAUUUAGCACAGCAAAAGCAAUUAUCCACGUCACUGGCUACAGAAUGUCAGAGGGCUAAAGCACGGGCAGAUGAGGAGAGCCAAUGUGUAGCAGAGCUCAGCCGCCAGUUGGAACUGCAGCGCAAUACCUACGACACCUUGAAAGGGGAGCUGGAGAGGGAACGCAUUCAUGCUAAGCAGAUUGAGAUGAGAGCCGAGAAACAGCUGGUUGUAUUUGAUACAGAGCAGGAGCAGAUGAGAGGGAAACUACACAAGGAAGAAAAAAGAUAUCAAGAACUUCAGGAGCAGUUUAAUAGUCUAAAGAAAGAGCUGGAGGAAAUGAAACAAAGGGAAAAGGAAGGGAAGGAAAAAGUUGAUGAAGAAAAUGUAAAAACACCACAAAAAUCACCUCCCCUUAGUCACACAGAAAUCGAUGGCAAAACUAUUGGAUCAAAAUCAUUGCCACAACCAAAACUAAAUGGUCAUCACACCUCCAGGGAAGCGGAGUCCCCAGUAGAGGAGCAGUGCAAGGAAGGAGGAUUGGUGUUCAAUGGGGUCGGGCUCCCUGGAGGAGGAGGUGCCUUUCAAUGUCUCUCUCCCAGCAGUCCUGCCUCGUCCUCCCUUAGCUCGUCUCCCUGCUCUUCCCCUGUUCUGACCAAGCGUCUGGCUUCUCUGGGUUGCUCUAGUCCCACCUACCCCUCCUCUUACCAGGUGAGCAUCAACCAACGAUUCCAAGCUGCACGCCACAAGUUUCAGCAACAAGUUGAGGCAGAUCAGCACCAACAUGUAGUAAACGUUAUCCACUCGCCACGGGACCUCUCCCCCACUGCUGCCUCUCCUACUCCUCCAGACACUUCUACUGCAAAGCAGAUCGCCCGCAACACUGUCACUCAGGUGCUGUCCCGGUUCACAAGCCAGCAAGUGGCAGGUAAACUCCCUCCUGCCAACAGCUCGCCAUUUGGCACUGAUUACCGCAGCCUGGCUGCCGCCUCCUCGCCGACAGGAAAAAGCCCUGGGGUUCUCUCACCUGGUAUACGCUCGCCAAUCAUUGCUAGGGCAGAGAAGAUUCAUCCACCCCCUGUUCCUCCUGAAAAUCAGGGGGUCAAUCAAUCUCCUGUAUCCCCUGUGCUUUCCUGCAGGGCCAGCCAUUUCCCUGAGCUCUCUGGGAGCUGUGGUCUUAACAGCGGCCAGGAGGAUACUAAAGAGCUUGACCUUGUCAUGUCUUCAUUUAGUUAACCAGCCUGGAGCCCACAGUCAGUAUACAUUACAUUCCCUCCAAUGCUAUCUUUACACUUUGAGAACCUCAAAGAACCUUAAUUUACAUUACCUCACCCUAAAUGUCUAGUACAGUGGUUUUUAAAACUGAUCCUGGAGUACCCUAGCACUGAACAUUUUAGAUGUCUCCCUUUUUAACAAACCCGAUUCAACUCAUCAGUUCAAAAGUUGAGGCUUCAAGUUCUGAAACGGUUUGUGUCUUUAAGGAAAACAUCCAAAAUGUGCAGUUCUGGGGAUCUCCAGUAUCAGGAUUAAGUUGUGGACUAGUCUAGUAUACACAGUGUUUUUUUUUUCUCACCCAUACUGGACUUGUCUCUUAACACCAAAGUAUACUUUGGUCUUCUGUGUGCUGAAACUUUUGCCAUCAGCACUGUAUGCCGGUGUUACCAUGUCCAAUAUUAUUAGCGACUUUUGGCUUGUUUUUUCAUGAAGACACUUUUAACUAUGGGCAGUCAUGGGUUGCAUUUUUUGGGGAUUAUUUCGAGAAUACACUUGCAUUUUUGGGCUUGUUUUUCCAGACCAGGCUACUUGUUUUUUGGCAACAAUGCAGUAUGCGUGUACUGGCCGUGCAUGCAUUAUCUGCACAUGUACCUAAAGAGUACUAAAGAGUGUCACAAAGCAGUCAAAGUGCAUGCGCCGGGUAUGGGUUAAUGACCAAAAGAGUUUACUUUGAAGAUUGAAUAUAAUAUUUAAUUAUUCUUUUAAUUGUUUUAAAUAUUUUAUUAUUCUGUAUUUUACAAAAAAUAAGAUUAUUUAUCCUGAAAUGUUAUUCCUUUUUAGUCCAUUCCUGACGUUAGAUGACCUGCACAGAGAAAAAUUAAGUAUAUUAAGUGAAACAUUUUAUUAAAUUAAAAGCAAAUACUGAUCAAACAAGACAUCAACUGAUUAAUAAGUCCAUUUUUGGCUACUAAUGAGAACCAAUCUGUCCUUAUCUCUGUGUUUGGUGAGUGUGGAAGUUUAGACAACUUCGUCUCACAGUGAAAACAUGACUAUAUAUAAAUUUGUGCAAAACUUCUUAUACCUGUCUCUAGGUACAAUUCCCUAGUUUCCAGGUGAAAUGAACACUAGAAGUGCUACACUGUGUUUUAUUCAGUUUCACUCAAAUCAUGACAUCAAUGACUUUAAAUACAUACAUUUUUCUCUCUAUUACUCAAACCGUGCUAUGUUAUGAUAUCGAGACAUUUAUACUCUAAGACAGUAGUAUUCAAAUCCAGCUCCUUUUAAAUUUUCAGUGGCCCACGUGAGGUUGACAGUUGUCUUUGGGGCUGUUCACACUUAAUAUGUAUUGUGCCUGUUAAUGCUGUUUUUCAAUUGUGUUAUAAUUUAGUUCAAUUAUGUUGCCCUUUCGGCCAUCCUUCUCGUCACACUCCUCCACCAAUCCACAGAAUGAGAGCGAGAGGAGACAGGGAGAGACACACUGAGUUUAGAUUCAGUUUAUGGUAAAUAUAUUAAUUCUUGAUUUUCUGUUGAGCAAACGUGAUAUUAUGUUUAGUUGCUGUCCAUAUUUAAAAAUGAACUAUACCAGAAACUUUUUAAGGGAUUGAUAUGAAAAUCCUGUCUUCAACAGCAUUGUACCAUGAUAGCAUUGCCUUCUAGUGUCAAUGUUAAGUACUGCUCAGGAAGCUGCCACCUGGUGGUCGGACAGCAUUAAACAUCAGCUAAACCAGAAUACCUUCUCUGUAAAUGAAAAAAAAAAAAAAAAUAGAAUAUCAGACAUGGAUUAAAUUAUUGUAAUCAAUAUUAAGAAUCAGAUCAGACAAAAAUAUGUUUGAGGUCCUAAACACUGACUGCUAUUCUGGGCUUUAUUUAAACCUGUCUCCAGGACUGUUUUUUAUGUAUUUUAUUUAUACCUGACAGCCUUAUAUUUUAAAUUUAACCUUAUUUAGAUAUUAGGUGGAACUUUCAGCAUCAGUUUACAUGAUUCACAACAAUGGUAAAAGCACAAAUGAUUAAUGUCAUCAUUUAAUGAUUACCCAGGGAAUUUCUUCUCUUAUCAUUGUCCUUUUUUCAGUUCUUUUGACUUUGUACUAGAUGCAUUAAAUUAUAAAUGAUUUUAUGUUAGUGCAAAAAUCCUGCUGCCAUUAAGAUAUUUCUUACAUUAAUACAUUAUACAGUUAUAACCUGCUUAUGAUAAAUCAUAGUAUGUUGCAAUUUAAUCUGUCACUUACUUUUUCUGUUUUUAAAUACCUCACUGUUUAUCCUACUGUACUGCAACUUUAAGUAGCAGUUUAUAUUUCAUGUAUCAUGUUUUUUUACAUAAAGAAAAGGAACUAAUACUUUUUAGCGUUUAGCUAGUUGUUUGAAAAACAAUUAGUUACAUUAGUUGUAUUUUUUAGAUGACUUCACUGAAAUUAAUUAGUGGUUACAUUUAUGACCAGCUGUAUUUUUUCCCUGAGCAAAUAAAGGGUUUUUUGAAAUGUACUUUGUGUUAUUCAUUAUGUUCUCUAAACAAAGUGCUUUUGAUUAUUGUUAUUGCAUUAUUGUGCAUGUAUUCCUCACCCUGAGAAUACCACAACAAACAUUAGAGGUAGAUUCAUACAAGCUGUCUGGACUACUGCUCUCUACAUUUGCUAUACACCAGGAAACUGGUGUUAAAAGUCACUGUCUUAUAAAAAGUCUUAUAAAGCAUAAUGAAGUGUACAAAAAGUUCACAAAAAAAUUUGCACAGUAAUUCAUUUCAGCACCAGUUAUUAAUUUACUCUUGAGUAGAUGUUUACUUUUGCAUGUUUUAAAAUCUGAAAAUAAAAAAUACAGCCAAGUUAUAAGAGACAGAUCAUUUGCCAGUCUUACAUUAUGGAUUCAUUAAGGGUGUAUUUUACAGAGGAUUUUUUGAUGGAACAGUAAGACAAACAAGACUACGGUUGAUGUGAAAGCAGUGUGACAGAAAAUCAGAGAUUGAAGGAAGACGAAAGUGGGGUUGUCUGAUUGGGGUUUGGAGAUACAGAGAGUGAGGCAUUACUUAUUCACUGUUUUAAAUCACACACACACACACACAAAAACAUUUGCACAAGCAUUGCAGCUGUCACAGUUAACAUAAAAAGACAAAAAAAAACAAAA